AUGCCUAGCCUCAGAGGUCGCCAUGAGGAGGCAGAGAUGGAACUUUCAGCUCCAGGACCAGCCCCUUGGACCCCUGCAGCCCGGGCCUGUGUGAGUGAUGCUCCUACUGUGACCCACCCUGCAUCUGCAGUCAGUGGUCUGCUCUGCUCUGGUGAUGCAAAGCUGGAAGCUGUCCACCCUCACCAUCAGCAGCCAGAUUGUGACACCAGGACUGAGGACAAGGAGUUUCUUCAGAAGGAAAACAUUCCUGAAGAUUUGGAGUCACAGGCAGAAAUAUCAGAAAACUAUACUGGUGAUGUUUCCCAGGCACCUGAGCUUGGAGAUCUCUGUGAUGAUGUAUCAGAACGAGAUUGGGAGGUCCCUGAAGGUGAGAGAAUGGUGCAGUCCUUCUCCCAGGAGGGGGACUUCACACCAGCGACAGUGCCCCUUAGGAGCCCCUUAGGGGAGAAAGAUCUGGACUGUAAUGGUUUUGACAGAAGCUUCAGUUUGAGCCCAAACCUGAUGGCUUGUCAGGGAAUCCCUACAGAAGAGAUGCCACAGCCCUAUGACACGUGUGGCCAGAGCUUCCAGCAUAGCAUGGACCUAACUGACCAUGAGGAGGUUCCCACAACCGAAAGCCCACUCAUAUGUAACGAGUGUGGAAAAACCUUCCGAGGAAACCCCGACCUUAUUCAGCAUCAGAUAGUCCGCACUGGAGAAGUGUCCUUUAUGUGUAAUGAAUGUGGGAAAUCCGUCAGCCAGAACUCAGUUCUUAAAAACCAUCAGCGAUCUCAAGUGAGUAAGAAAGCUUUCCACGGGCACUCAGGUCUUGCUGGGCACCAGGGUCACCACAGUGGUGAAAGGCCUUAUGUGUGCAGCGAAUGUGGAAAAGCCUUCAGCCAGAACUCAAGCCUUAAAAAGCACCAGAAGUCUCACAUGAGUGAGAAGCCCUAUGAGUGCAACGAGUGUGGGAAGGCUUUUAGGCGGAGCUCAAACCUCAUCCAGCAUCAAAGAAUCCAUUCUGGGGAGAAACCGUACGUGUGUAGUGAGUGUGGGAAGGCCUUCAGGCGGAGCUCAAACCUCAUCAAACACCACAGGACUCACACAGGUGAGAAGCCUUUCGAGUGCGGUGAGUGUGGGAAAGCCUUUAGCCAGAGUGCACACCUGAGGAAGCACCAGAGGGUUCACACUGGAGAGAAGCCUUACGAGUGUAGUGACUGUGGCAAGCCAUUCAGUCGGGUCUCCAACCUCAUUAAGCACCACCGGGUUCACACUGGAGAGAAACCCUAUAAGUGCAGCGACUGUGGGAAAGCGUUUAGUCAGAGCUCCAGCCUUAUUCAGCACCGGAGAAUUCACACUGGGGAGAAGCCUCAUGUGUGUAACGUGUGUGGAAAAGCCUUUAGUUACAGCUCGGUGCUCAGAAAGCACCAGAUAAUCCACACAGGAGAGAAGCCGUACAGAUGCAGCAUCUGUGGGAAGGCCUUCAGCCACAGCUCAGCUCUCAUUCAGCACCAGGGCGUGCACACAGGUGACAAGCCCUAUGAGUGCCGUGAAUGUGGGAAGACCUUCGGUCGCAGCUCCAACCUUAUCCUUCACCAGCGAGUCCACACUGGAGAGAAACCGUAUGAGUGUACCGAAUGCGGAAAAACCUUCAGCCAGAGCUCAACUCUCAUUCAGCAUCAGAGGAUUCAUAAUGGGUUGAAGCCCCACGAAUGUAACCAGUGUGGUAAAGCCUUCAACCGAAGCUCAAAUCUCAUUCACCACCAGAAAGUUCAUACUGGGGAGAAGCCCUACACAUGUGUUGAAUGCGGUAAGGGCUUCAGCCAGAGUUCACACCUUAUACAGCACCAAAUAAUCCACACUGGCGAGCGGCCCUACAAGUGCAGUGAGUGUGGGAAAGCCUUCAGUCAGCGGUCAGUCCUCAUCCAGCACCAGAGGAUCCACACUGGGGUGAAGCCCUAUGACUGCACUGCCUGUGGGAAAGCCUUCAGCCAACGGUCAAAAUUGAUUAAACACCAGUUGAUUCACACCAGGGAGUAGCCUGUUGGGCUGGUAGGAGGGAACUGAAACAUGCUUUCCUCUCUGACCCCUCUCUGGCCAUUGUCUCAGCCUGCUACUUCCCAGACCUGAAGAUUGGGCUCUCUCCCUGACCCUCUGCCUGACAUCUCAUGACCACAAAGCCUGGGACCCUCCUUUGAAUCAUCCUUUACAGGCUCCCUUCCCACAGCUGUUGCUUUUGCCUCAUGGGACCUCUUGGGUUUUGUUUUAUUUUGUUUGUGUUUGCAGUUUGUGAGCAGACAACACAUUGUUAGAAGGGAAAAGAUUAUGGAAGCUCAAUAUUCAGAAAUAGAGUUUAUUAUUGUAACCAAAAAUUACCAAAAAAGUAAAGUGACAUUUGGUUUGA